ACAACUGAAAUAUACUGAACAGUAGUUGCAGCUGACAACUUGAUUAACAAUAUUUCUUUUUCAAAGUAUUUGGUAACACGUAUAUUUACGAUCUUGCUCAUAGCUGUCUUACUGAGGGUCAGAUUCUGCUGUCCUUACUCAUCUCAAGUAAUUUCUUACACUGCACGUAAUCUCAUUGAUUCAGUGUGGAGCACGAUGGCAAAACCUGACCAUAGCAACUAAAAGCAACAGUUGCUUCUUUCACUCUUUGACAGCUGUGAGAGCAGCUCUGUUUUUCCAAACCAGCCAUCCUAAAUUCCGACCUGUAAGAGUAUGUACCUAUAUUUAGCUAGUGAGAUUAAAUUGCAGAGGCUUCAGGCAGGGCAAAGCACAUUGGUCUGCCUUUUUUACAGACAGACCUUUGGGCAGACAACAGCUAAAGCCUUCUGCUCCCUCCCCUUUCCCAAGUAUUCGCGAAAUGGAUUCCCAAAGGGAACUCACUGAAGAGCUCAGACUUUACCAAUCCACCCUUCUUCAGGAUGGGCUCAAGGAACUCCUUGAAGAAAAGAAGUUUGUAGAUUGCUCUCUCAAAGCUGGUGACAGAAGCCUGCCUUGCCACAGAUUGAUUCUGUCGGCAUGUAGCCCUUAUUUUCGUGAGUACUUCUUAUCUGAGCAAAAUGAAGAGAAAAAGAAGGAGGUGGUUCUAGAGAAUGUUGACCCCAACAUCCUGGAUAUGGUUGUCAAAUACCUUUAUUCAGCGAGUAUUGAUCUUAAUGAUUCUAAUGUGCAAGAUAUUUUUGCUUUGGCCAGUCGCUUUCAGAUCCCUUCUGUAUUCACUGUGUGUGUCUCCUACCUUCAGAAGAGGCUUGCUGUUGGUAACUGUCUGGCCAUCCUUCGAUUAGGCGUUCUGCUUGAUUGCCCAAGACUUGCAUUUUCUGCCCGUGAUUUUGUUUCAGAUCACUUUGUGCAGAUCUGCAAAGAGGAGGACUUCAUGCAGCUUGCCCCGCAUGAACUUAUCUCAGUUAUUUCACCUGACAGCUUAAACGUAGAGAAGGAAGAACUGGUAUUUGAAGCGGUAAUGAAAUGGGUCCGAACAGAUAAGGAGAACAGAGUAAAGAGCCUGGGGGAAAUUUUUGACUGCAUACGUUUUCGUCUUAUGCCAGAAAAAUAUUUCAAAGAACAUGUUGAGAAGGAUGAUAUAAUCAAAAGCAACUCAGACCUCCAGAAAAAAGUAAAGAUUAUUAAGGAUGCUUUUGCUGGAAAACUGCCUGACUCUAGCAAAAGUACAGAAAAGUCAACCAAAGGGGAGGUGAAUGGUGAUGUGGGAGAUGAAGAUUUACUGCCUGGCUACCUGAAUGACCUUCCCAGGCAUGGCAUGUUUGUCAAAGACCUAAUUCUUCUGGUUAAUGACACUGCUGCAGUAGCUUAUGAUCCUCUUGAAAACGAAUGCUACCUAGCAGCCCUGGCAGAACAGAUUCCCAGAAAUCAUUCCAGUAUAGUCACCAAACAAAAUCACGUCUACAUUGUUGGAGGACUGUAUGUGGAAGAGGAGAACAAGGAUCAGCCUUUCCAGUCGUACUUCUUCCAGCUGGACAGCAUCGCUGGUGAGUGGGUUGCCCUUCCUCCACUGCCGUCAGCCAGGUGUCUCUUCGGGCUGGGAGAGUCAGACAGCAAGAUCUAUGUAAUUGCAGGCAAGGAUCUUCGCACAGAGGAGUCUCUAGAUUCAGGAUUGUGCUAUGAUUCUGUUGCGAUGAAAUGGGGUGAGAUCAAAAAACUACCCAUCAAAGUAUAUGGCCAUGCUACUAUCUCAAACAAUGGACUGAUAUAUUGUCUUGGAGGAAAAACUGAUGAUAAGAAAUGUACUAAUAGACUGUUUGUAUACAAUCCCAAGAAAGGAGACUGGAGAGACCUGGCUCCAAUGAAAGUGGCUCGCUCGAUGUUUGGAACGGCUAUCCAUAAGGGCAAGAUUGUCAUUGCAGGUGGUGUCACUGAAGAAGGCCUUACUGCAUCUGUUGAAGCUUUUGAUCUGACCACCAAUAAGUGGGAGGUAAUGCCUGAAUUUCCCCAGGAGAGAAGUUCCAUCAGUUUAGUCACCUUAAGUGGAGCUUUGUACGCUAUUGGAGGCUUUGCAAUGAUUCAGCUGGAAUCUAAAGAAUUUGCGCCCAGUGAAGUCACUGACAUAUGGAAGUAUGAUGAUGAAAAGAAGGAAUGGAUUGGCAUAUUGAAAGAGAUCCGAUAUGCUACUGGAGCCUCCUGUCUGGCCACUCGCUUAAACCUCUUCAAGUUAUCAAAACUGUAAACAAAAUGCUGGAAAAUGGGAUAUGGUGAGGGAGUUUUGAUAGGCUCUUCUGGUUUUGUUGCAUGGAAAUGUCCCCAAAUUGUACAGAGUUUUGUAGCAGCAUACUAGUUAUACUGUUGACUGUUAAACAGUUCAUCUGUCUGUCCAAGUCUUAAGAUAUUUACUAGCUAACCAACAACUGAAUUUUUGCCAACGUUUGAAGUCCUGAAGAAUUCUGAUUAAUGUUGAUUAGAAUAAAUGAAGAUUUCAGAGAGAACUCCAUUUUUCAGUCUGUGGAAUUGCCAGUAAAACUAGUUAGACUUCCUUAUGCUCAGACAAUCCAGGAUAUAUCCUCCAAACAAUGCCCAUGAAUUAAUUGUUAAGUUAAAUACAACUAGUAGGUAGCUCAUGUUCUCCCUGGCUGUUUGUACAGCCUGAUUUUCCUUCUCAGCAACAUAUGUAAAUCCUGCAUUCUUCAGCCAUAUCUUGAAAGUAUUUUCAUUAGAGCCUUCUAACAAUAAUUUAGCCUGGAAUGAAGUUGCAUAUUGAAAAGUGGCCUAAUACUGCAUGGCCUAACAAACGCCGAUCUCAGCCAAAGAGAGCAGUGUAGGCAGACAAGAGGAAGGAGAGCAGAGGUCGCAAGGUUAAUAGCUCUACUGUCUCAUCUACUGUUUAAGCUUCUGGUAACAAGGAUUUUCCACUUUUUUAUGCUUUUAUAUUUAUUUCCAAAGCAAAUAUGUUAUGGAAGUUUUUCUCAGAGAUCUGAGGCCAUUAACAAGAAUUCAUGAAAAAGUCCUAGAAGAAUUGAUCAUCAGCAAAUACAGCAGAGAGGACUUUUUCAUCUAAUAAAGAGUUGAUGCAUUUUGACGUUGAAAAUUUUAACAAUUAAACUUUGUUUUUAAAACUAUAAAA